AGAAGGUUUGGUCAGCGGUCGGCAKCAACAAUAUUGAGCAGGCGCAGUAGUGAGUAUGGGAAAAUAUGGCGGACAAGCAAUGCGAAGAUUUCCGAGCAGAAAAUGCGCAAACUUGUUAAUAGUUGGUGUAAUUGCUUAUAGUUUUGUAACACUCUAUACUUUGAUUUCGUUGUGGCCACGUAAUCAAGGCGGUCCUAUAGAUGCUAUAUCUCAAAAGCGAAUAAAUUCGGYGUUAUCGUCGCGUGCAUUGGAAAAUGUUACAAUCGAAGUCUGGGGAAAAGCGGCUAUUGGGCUGUAUUUCUGGCAGCACAUUCUCAAAGGUCCUCUGGUGACAAAGCUUGGAGGUGUUUGGCAGUACGGUGAAAAACGUAUAGAGUCCCUGAAGUUCAAAUUCCGCACAGGACCAGGUGUUGUGCCCGAUAAGGUCCCCAAGGAUACCAAGAACUUGGUGCUCAUUUUGAAUGGAAGGGARCAGAAGAAAGUUGACUUUGCACAAGCAUGGCUUGAUUCGCUUUAUAACUUCAAGAUGCUUAAAAAUGUAGCUUUAGUGAUUCUUGGCAAUGAGAAAUGCAAUAAUGAAUGGCUGUCAAGUUAUAUCACCAUAAUGAGGGACAUUAUUAAAGCAGUGUUUGUAGUUUAUGACAUAACUAAUCGAGACAAUGGAAUGUUUUAUCAGUGGCCAUUAGGGGUAGCUACAUACAGGAAAUUYCCCCUUAUAAUGCCCAUGUCUGUGAAUGUAGAGCAAAGACGAAAAUACAGGUGCAAUUUUCUAGGGACAUUAUACAGAGGUUCCUCUAGAGAGCUACUGAAAAAGGUACUGGACACAUGGGAUUUGUACAAAGACUGCUUGGUCAAAUACAGAGACANCUGGUUGCCAAACGAAAACAAGGAAACAUCAAGACAAUAUCAUUAUGCCCUUGCUAACAGUGACCUAACGCUUUGCCCUGUUGGCAUUAAUUCAGAAUGUUAUAGAAUAUAUGAAGCUUGUUCUUAUGGCUCUGUUCCAGUCAUUGAAGAUGUUGCAACUCCAGGCCAAUGUAGUAAAGAUAACCCACUUUAUUUACUCAAGAAAUACAAGGCACCUUUUAUCUUUGUGAAGAACUGGACAGAAUUGCCGAGGAUUUUGGAAAGGGAGAAACAUAUGAGUGAUGCUGAACUGGCAAACAGACGGAGAAUCAUAAUUAGUUGGUACACAAAGUUUAAAGAACAAAUGAGACUCCAUUUUAUUCAAACUUUGAUGAGAAAAUUUGAGUUGUGAGGAUGGAAAAAAUUGUAUAUAAAGGGAAGUGAUUCUUCUUCACCCAUCUUUAUAGAUGAUCAUGGCUUUGCAUCAGAGUACGACAACUGGUGAGCUUAGAAUGAAAUACACCAGUGAAAGAAUAAAAGUUUGGGUUUUCUUGCAGUAUUCUUCUUCUCCUGACAUCAAUUCUUGCCCGAAAAUGUUUUGUUUCAGUGCACGUCUGUGAUACAUCGCACAACAUCCAUUGGAACCCAGAAAUCCUCAAUAUUCAGUGCUGACUUGAUGUUAGUUAGGUUAAAACAAUGAUGAAAUGCUUAGGCUCAUAAACUGGAUUGUAAACAAACAAUUUGUCUAUAUAAAUGUCACAGUUGUGUAAAAAGAUAAAUUUGUGUAAAAAAAGUAUGUGAUAUAACUUACUGCAGCUCAUUCACCAAUUGGGCACUUACUCUAUAAUCCCCAUGGGUUGAAUGAGCGCUUUGUUUUCAGAUAAGUUUUAUAUCCUUUGUUCCCUUUUUAGCACCUUUAUUGUUCUUUUGUCUAACACUUCCUUUGCUUUUUUUUUCGUUACCUUGCCUACUUUGCUCCUAUUCUCUACUUGCGCAUACCCAUAAUACCUUCUGAUUUUGGGGGGUAGUUAUUGUUAUUGAAAUCAUUUAUAUUUGAAUAACAAUUGAUUUUAUUUGCAUCACAAAACCUACCCCCCAAAAUCAGAAGGUAUUAUGGGUCAUGUGCAAGUAGAGAAUUGGUCUAUCUUCUUUGCUACUCUUACUAUAUAAACUCACACUACACCUAGUUCCAUCUCUUUACU